AUGCGGACCCAACAUAAAACAAAAAGUAAUCGAGGGGUGGAGGCACCGUACGCCGUAUUGGUUUUUGUGCACGGCGAGAGCUUCGAGUGGGGCGCCGGACACCCGUACGACGGAAGCGUGCUGGCAAGCUACGGUCACGUUAUUGUGGUGACACUUAACUUCCGGCUGGGAAUUCUCGGACCUGAAGCUUCAAGCUUCAAGCAAGUUUUUCGUCUACCGUGCACGAUGCGCAAAACCAUACAGGUAGAGAUAUCCUUCAUAAUAGCUGGGCAAUGUUUCAGAAAUAAGUCGACAAGAAAAAGUUAUCGGAGCUUGCAAAAAUACGUGGUGAUAACCUAUCUUGCAACAUGUAUUAGAGCUGUUCUUUCAGCUGUCAACGCCUGGAACGACACGUUAAAACUGAUAAGAGCGUGA